CUGAGACAUACUCUUUGUAUCAACUGAGAGUCAAAGUAUACCGUUUCAUGAGUGGACAUCUAUUAGAAUUCUCAAGGAGUGCAGAGUUUUAUAGAAUGGCACCUCAGCAGUUGGAAAAUUUAUUGGCAUACGAUUUUCCAGUUGACUGUUCUGAAGAUGAUGUACUGAGGAUAGUUCUUGAUUGGUUCUUCCAGGUUGACACCAAUGAGUUAGAUGUUCGGCUUUCCUAUGCUUUUCGAAUCAUCAGAUACAUCCAUUUUAAAGAGAUCUCAGCUCGAAAACUAGACAGCAUCAUACAAAAUGUCUUCACAGAUCGGAAGUAUGAGUGGCAGUUAUACAAAAUAAUGUUACAAGAGGCACGGCAGCAAUAUACGAAAGAUACAGAUCAACUAAUGGACUCCUAUUUAUUGAAUUCCCGAGGAAUGGAGAUGGCAGUUUUGAAGAUUGGAGGAUUUGGGGUAGGUGGAGUUACCAACGAGAUUACCUACUGUUUUUCUACGGAAAGAAAAUGGAAACAUUUGACGUCCAUUCCUCAUGUGGAGCAGUGUAAUUUUGGAACGGCGGUUCUGAAUAAUGAGUUGUUUAUUGUAGGGGGUUGUUUCAAUCAGAGUUUGCAGGAGAACAUUCAUCCAUUUGGAUUCAAAUUUAGCCCUAGAUAUAACAAAUGGUCAACACUAGCACCAAUGAAAAUAGAGAGAUGUCGCUUCAGCCUCAAUGUUCUUGGAAAAAUGUUGUAUGCAGUUGGAGGAGUAAGUGAAUCAGAUGAAUUCGAUACAAGCACUUGUGAACGAUACAACCCAGUGAUGGAUGCCUGGUUUAUGAUUCAACCACUUCCAGUUUAUCUAACGCAGCAUGCAGGGGCAAGUUAUGAAAAUGGAUUCGAAUGCAGUUUGUAUAUAAGCGGUGGAAUAGAUAGAGAUAUUGUUCAGAGCUCAAUGUAUUGUUAUGAUGCCAAGUCAGAACAGUGGAAAGUUUGUUCGCCCAUGCUGAAGCCGAGGGCAGACCAUGUUAUGCUAAACAUUGGAAAGAGUUUGUAUAUUUGUGGAGGAUGGACAGAAGAUGAGGAAACUUUAGCUAGGUCCCUUGUAGAUACAAUUGAUGUAUAUAAUGUUGAGAAAGAAUGUUGGGAGGUGAGAUGUGAAAAAACCGUUCUCCCCCAAAAAUUAAUUGAUGAUAAGUAUCCCCAGGAUAUUUGGGAACAUACCUGCGCCACAUUAUACAUCCCAAAAUGUCGAGAUGACAUGGAGGUUAUACCUAAAACGGAGAGUCCCCUGUAAUUUAUGUAUACUUUAUAUUGAAAAUAAAUAUUUAUUUUUGAUUA